UGCCUGCCCAGCAUAGCGCUCUUUUCAAAAUAGGAAAGUGGACUUCCGUUUUUAUUGUACCUACAAUUUGUUGGACUUGGAUAGCUCUUGACUAGUAUUUUCUUUUCAAUUCUUUUAUAUUUUUAUUUUAAAGCUACGAUAAUUAUUUAUACAAAACUGGACAACGAAAAUCUUUAAUUGACCACAUAGCUAAGGAGCAAUCGAAAGCUUACAACGAAUUCCAAUCGCUCACUUCAGGAAAUAGUCCAUACGCUCCAAAAUUCGACGGACGCAAUCCUUAUCGUUGAGAAAAUAGGUUUUUUAAUUUAUAAUUUAAUAUAUUGGUACGAGCUUUUUUGCGGAUUUACAAACAAAGUUAAUUUUUUCCAUGGGCUGGGCCUAAGGUAAAAUGAUUAUUAAGUUCCGUGGGUCUCAAAAAAAGACUUAAAAUUGCUCUUUAAUAACUUUUAUUUUUUAUUUUUUAAAUUUAAUCUCAUUUUUUCUAGUUAUCAUUUGAUUUUUAAAUGGGAAUUUGUUCACAUCUUUUUAUUUUUGCGGCCGGAAUAUAUGCUGGGAUUUGCUUUGACCAACAUUAUGACCUACCAAAACUUCCACGACCUGAUGAACUUUAUGCUAAAAUUCAAGAAUUUUUGGAAACUAAAAGGAAAGAUAAAUGACCCUUUUGUUAAUUUAAAUAUUUCUGUUUUUUUAUUUUUGAUGUAACAACUCGCUAAGGUUUUGAAUUUCAAGCUUUUGUAAGGUGUGAAACACCCUCAUUUUAGAUGGUGUCGUUUCUCAUAAGAGUGAGUUGUUUUUAUGUUUAGGAACAACAUUUUGUCUCCUUCUAUUUUGUUUUUUGUCUGUUUGUUUGAAAAAAUCUUUUAGAAUUCUGUUGCUACUUUAUUUUGUUCGUUUUUUUUUAAUUGCCGAUUUUGACUGU